CCGGCAGACAGACGGCCUCGCAGGCGGGUGGCGGCGGCCGUGCUGGCUGCAGAGGGCGGGAGCGAGUGAGUCACUGUGCGCGUGUGAGGGAGGGAAGGAGCGAGGGAGCGAGCAGCCCGCGCCCGCCGCCCUCCCGCAGCUCCCGGCAGCCCACUCCCACCCCCCGCCACCGCCUGCCCUCCGCCCAGCGCCCAGGCCGGGCCGAGCCGAGCCGGGUCGGGCCCGGGCCAUGCUGCUCACCGUGUACUGUGUGCGGAGGGACCUCUCCGAGGUGACCUUUUCCCUCCAGGUCGACGCCGACUUCGAGCUGCAUAACUUCCGCGCGCUGUGCGAGCUGGAGUCCGGCAUCCCCGCCGCCGAGAGCCAGAUUGUCUAUGCAGAAAGACCUCUCACUGACAACCACAGAUCCCUGGCUUCUUACGGCUUGAAAGAUGGCGAUGUUGUGAUUUUACGGCAGAAGGAGAAUGCGGACCCUCGCCCUCCAGUGCAGUUCUCAAACUUGCCCCGGAUUGACUUCAGUAGUAUAGCUGUGCCUGGUACAUCAAACCCCCAACAGCGCCAGCUGCCCAGAGCGCAGGCUCAGCACUCAUCUCCUGGGGAAACAGCAUCGUCUCCUCAAGGCUUGGACAACCCAGCCCUGCUCCGAGACAUGCUGCUGGCCAACCCGCACGAGCUGUCCUUACUGAAGGAGCGUAACCCGCCCCUGGCAGAAGCUCUGCUCAGUGGAGAUCUUGAGAAAUUUUCCAGGGUCCUGAUAGAGCAACAGCAGGACCGAGCUCGGAGAGAACAAGAAAGGAUUCGUCUGUUUUCUGCUGACCCCUUUGAUCUUGAAGCUCAGGCAAAGAUAGAAGAAGAUAUAAGGCAGCAGAACAUCGAGGAGAACAUGACGAUAGCCAUGGAGGAGGCCCCGGAGAGCUUCGGCCAGGUCGCCAUGCUCUACAUCAACUGCAGAGUGAACGGGCACCCUGUGAAAGCCUUCGUCGACUCAGGUGCCCAGAUGACUAUUAUGAGCCAGGCUUGUGCAGAAAGGUGUAACAUCAUGAGACUGGUGGACCGUCGGUGGGCUGGCAUAGCCAAAGGCGUAGGCACACAGAAGAUUAUUGGAAGGGUGCAUCUAGCUCAGGUUCAGAUUGAAGGCGAUUUCCUGGCAUGUUCCUUCUCCAUACUCGAAGAACAGCCAAUGGACAUGCUUCUGGGACUGGACAUGCUUAAACGACAUCAGUGUUCGAUUGACUUGAAGAAAAAUGUACUGGUGAUCGGCACUACAGGCUCACAGACCACCUUCCUUCCUGAGGGGGAGCUACCAGAGUGUGCCCGCUUGGCAUAUGGAACUGGGCGAGAGGACAUACGGCCAGAGGAGAUUGCAGACCAAGAAUUAGCAGAAGCCAUUCAAAAAUCAGCAGAGGAUGCAGAGAAAAGCAGUAAAGAAUCUACCUCACUGGGAAUGUCAUCGUUGCUGACUUCAGAUGGGUUCGACCAUCCAGCCCCUUCUUCAGGGCAGAGUCCUGAGGUUGGUAGCCCCACGAGUCUUGCUCGCUCUGUCUCUGCUUCAGUUUGCGCCAUCAAGCCCAGUGACCCCAAUAGCAUUGAACCUAUAGCUAUGGAGGCUGUGAAGGCUUCGGCUGAAUUCCAGACAAACUCUCCGAAAACAGAUCCUCCUCCUCUGCAGGGCCUUCCUGAUCUCACUUCCCCACCAGACCAGAAUCCAGCUAUGCCUUUGCAUAAUUCAUCCGAAGAAGCAUUUGUUGCAGAUAAUUCAGAGAAGUUUGCUGUUGGAGGAACCCAGGGCCUCAGAGUUUAUCUCCACACCAGACAGGACACUAGUUUAUCUCUUACAACUACUGGGGUGCAUGAGCCACAGAGAUUUGUGAAAGAAAAGAGUUGGCAUCCAGAAAAUCAGAAUCCAGGUCAAGUGAAUGGCCCUCAGCAGCCCAGAGAACCACACAGAGGGAAUGGUCAGCAGAGUGCCCCACACGACCAACAAUGUCCCUGUGACACAAAAGAAAAUCAACAGGACCAAGAAAACAUUGUCAGUUUGGAAGCUGUGAUGAAAGGAGAUGAACUACAGACAAAUGCUCGUCUUUCAGAUACAGAGAAAAGUCUUGUAGCUUCAGGGCACUAUAGCUGCUCAUGCCCAGAAACCCUGAUGGACGUGGAUACAACUGAACGGUCUCUGACUGCCGUGUGCAGCUUCAUGGGUGGGCAGGAUGCCAGCAUCAGGAGCCCUGGUGCACCGCAUCUUACUUCAGAUAAUCCCACGGUGGAAAUGGAAGCAGGACACUGCAGCCCCUCACCUGAAAGCAUGGAACAUUCCAUCUCAGCUUGGGAUUUGCAGCCCCCAGAAGAUAAUGUUGAAGUGUCUGCGAUGGAUAGCAAAGAUAGCAGCGCUUCCUCUUCCCCUCUGAGUGACCACGGUCAGCCCUCUGUGGAGGCAGCCGAAGAAUUUUGUUCAUCUGUCACAGUGGCCUUGAAAGAACUGCAUCAUCUUUUGGUCAUUAGCUGUAAACCAGCUUCGGAAAAUGCACCUGAAGAUGCUAACUGUCGGUCAGAGAUGCAAGCUAAGAGCCAAACAGGUACUUUGGACCUUUCCAGAAGGGGGGCCCAGAGUGAGAAUUUGACCCCUAGUGACCAGUAUCCACAAGUCUCCUGUCACCAGACCACCUCUGAAUCAGAGAAGACAGAAAUUGUAGGCACCACACCUUGUCUUGGCAUGGAGCAUGAAGCAUACACUAGCUUCAGGGGUCUGGGUGGUGGCUUGUCACCUGGCAAAGAAGGUGUCCCCAGACCAAGGGAGUCUGUCGCCAUAACCUCAGCUAAACCAUCUGAUCAGCCACAUUGCACCUCAGGUGUGGAAAUUUCACCCACAUUUGCAGCAGGUGAGGAGGGUACCCACAGUCAGCCUUCCGAGCACGUGCAGAAUCCAGACACAGACAGGCCGGAGACCAGCAGUGUUUGCCCUGGAGCUGCGCCGCCUUCCCGUGGAUUGGACCCACCUGCCACACAGCACUUGUCUUCUCCCUCUGCUCUUCCACCCUUCAUCUUUCCCACUGCAGAUGUUGACCGGAUUCUUGGUGCCGGCUUCACUCUGCAGGAAGCCCUUGGGGCUUUGCAUCGAGUUGGUGGGAACGCAGACCUCGCACUUCUUGUUUUGCUAGCAAAGAACAUUGUGGUCCCUACGUAAUUGUGGGAAAGCAGCUAGACCAUACCCAUUCCCUCUGUGAAAGCUCUCUCCACACAGACACACUCACCACAUACAUACACACUAUAUGUAGAAACCAACCUGCAAGCAAAAUGUUGAGCCAGAUUUUUUUUUCCCGGCCAAAGUAAUUUAUGAUCUUUUGUCUGAUGAAUUUGUCUAUUUUACUUGUUUAAAAUUUGGGCCUUUUAAAAUGUAUUGGCAGUAUGUGCAUACAAAAGCUUUUUAUUCUCAUUAAGAUGAUGUAUUCUGUAAUAAAACAGAUGGUUUUGUGUAUAGCA